AUGGAAAUACAAAAUCAAACUGAUCUGACUGAAUUCAUCAUACUUGGUUUUAGAAAUCUGCAGGAGCUCCAUCUAUUGCUCUUUACUGGGUUUUUCAUCAUUUAUCUCUUCACUGUGGUAUGGAAUACCUUUAUUAUCCUACUGACAUUGAUGAACCAGAAACUCCAAAACCCCAUGUAUUUCUUCCUUGGGAACCUCUCCUUUCUGGACAUUUGUUAUACAAGCACCACUAUCCCCCAGAUGUUGGCUCAUUUACUCUCAGAGAAAAACACCAUUUCCUAUAUGGGCUGUGUAGUUCAGACAUAUUUCUUUUUUUCUUUUGUGGGCAUUGAAUGCCUGCUGCUUGCAGUGAUGGCCUUUGACCGCUAUGUUGCUAUUUGUAAUCCUCUACGUUACACUUUGAUUAUUAGCAAAGAAAUUUGUCUCCAACUGACUCCAGCCUGCUGGGCUGGUGGCUUAAUCAACUCAGUGGUACAUACCACCUUUGCCUUCCAAUUACCAUUUUGUGGCAACAAUCACUUGAAUGCUUUCUAUUGUGAUAUUGCUCCACUGCUAAGAUUAUCAUGUGGAGAUACAUCUCUUAACCAUGUUCUCUUGUUCUCCAUUGGGAUUUUUAUUGCUUGGACCCCCUUUGCAUGUAUCCUUCUGUCAUAUAGUUAUAUCAUUUCAGCUAUCUUAAGGAUACAUUCCUCAGAAGGAAGACAAAAAGCCUUCUCCACCUGUUCCUCCCAUCUCACAGUGGUCCUUCUAUACUAUGGAAGUGGUUUUCUCGCUUACUUGAGUUCAGAUUCUAGUUAUUCUUCAAAUCAGGCUAAUUUUAUUUCAGUAAUAUAUAGUAUCUUAACUCCACUUUUAAAUCCAAUCAUAUAUACAUUACGCAAUAAAGAUAUAAAAGAUUCCUGGAGAAGUACAAUUAAAAAAGUUAAGUUAUAA